AUGGUCCGUCGCAUGCAGAACGUGCCGAACAUCAUUGCUAAUCUGCAGCGAAGAGCCAGCUUAGCGUGGAUGCGUACUUUUCUUCUCAAGCUUCUGGCAUAUCUUCCACGUCAAAGUGUAGAAAAAAGAGCAAAGCGGCACUUCCUUCCGUUGGAGCCACUGUGUUGCUUGGAUUCAUGCAAGGUUCGACUGGCCUCAACGGCCACAGCGCUGGUUCACGGUUUCUUGGCGGUGAUCUUGUGCAUCUCAGCGGUGAUUUUCAGGAAGGCGCUACCAGACACAGUCACGGCCGGUUCGAUCGUUAGUGAUGUUCUCGGUAAUACGGCGUUUUGUUACAUAUUUGCGACGAACAACCUCCUCUGGUUGGUCUUCAGUGCUAUGCUGUCAUUUGGUGUAGCAACGUACAGUGAGAAGCUCCUACGCAUCAGUCUCUUUGUCCACAUCUGCGUGCUUUGCGAAGGAACUCUUGCCGUCAUCCUGAUCGCCGUUUAUGGCACUCGACCGCCGCGUAUGUUCGGAGCCGUAGAAACGAGUACUGUCGUCGUCCUGCUGUUGAUGUUGGCGUUCAGUAUGUGGAGCGUUUUCGUCGUGCACAAAUGCCGUACCUUUUACACUCUCUGCAGCAUCCUCAUCGACCUUAGUGAGGAAACUGCGAAAACCAACGGAAAAACAACCUCGGUUGGCAAGCUUGGCAUUGCCAAAGAUUCGCCUCAUUACAAAUAA